CAAACCUCGAUGUAAACUAGGAGGAAGAACUUCAUUGAAGAAGCUACUAAACAUUCUCCGACACUAGCUAGAUUGGGGUUCUUGCUGCUCUUGGUUCUUGUUAACAGUGUUUGAUUGCACAUCUGUGGAUGGUGAUACAGUUAUUUCUAACUCCACAGGUAAACAUUCUUUCGUUGAGAGAAUAUAUGGACAGAAACUGCCAAACAAUGCCAUUGUAGCUGCGACAUGUUUCGCGGUUUGUCCAAUCAAGAAGAAUAUUCCUCCGGACACAUUCAGAGACCACCCGGUUUUGCCAGUGGUCCCCCAAACGGUCCUCGCUUUAAUACUGGAUAUGGAGCCCCGUACCAACCACCUUAUCAUGGCCAACCGGGUCUCACUUACCGGGGUGCUCCGCCUGGCCACCCAAUUGGACAUCCACCCAUUAGACCUCCAUUCAUGGAUGCACGGCCUUUCAGCGGUAUGUCUGUUGACCACAGUAUGGUGAUUACUGUUGGUAGUCAGCACAACAUUACGCCUGUCCAAAGCCAUAACUUGCCCCUGCAGACCCGCAGCUGGGAUGAGAGUGAGAAAGCAGGGGAGGAGUUUCUCAGAAGUUUGGCUGCCAAGGACCAACCAUUGAAGCCCAAUGGGAGAGAUGGAGAAGAGAUGGAGACCUGGGGGCACUACAAGAAGACUUCGGAACGAGGGAAGAGCAGGAGUCAGAGUCCUUCCCGUAAACAGAGAGGACACAGUCGCAGCCGCAGCAGGGGCAAGAGCAGAGCGCGCAGCCGCGGCAAAAGCCGGGCCCGUAGUAAGAGCAGAGCGCGUAGUAAGAGCAGAGCCCGUAGUAAGAGCCGGGCCCCUAGCAAGAGCAGAGCGCGUAGCAAGAGCAGAGCGCGUAGUAAGAGCAGAGCCCGUAGUAAGAGCAGAGCGCGGAGCAAGAGCCGGAUGAGAAGCCGCAGCCGCAGCAGGGCGAAGAGUCGGGCCAGAAGUAGGGCUCGGAGUAAGAGUCGGCCCAGGAGCCGGAGCCGGAGCCGGAGCAGGAGUUGUCCCAGGAGCCGAGGCCGGAGCAAGAGCCAGGUCAAGGACACAGGGCAUAUGCUUAGCAGGGACCCUGGAAGUGGUGGCAGUGGGCAGAGCAGUAGCAGCCUGUCCUCGAAAGUGGACCUCUUCAAUGAACUCAAGCAGCUUUUGCAGAGCAAGGGCCUGGAGGACUCCCUGUCUGUGGUGAAGAGAGCCCUCCUCACACAACAGAGUGCUCAGUCAGCCAGCCCCUCUCGAAUGGGGGCUCAGGCCUCAGUCUCCACACAUCUGCCUGAGGCCUACCCGAGGGCUGUGGAAACCCCCGUGGCUAAACUGGAGGUGUCCGACAGCUCGCUCCUCCCUCACGAGAGGGUGCGGCAGGACGGCAGCGGCUUCUCCCGCAUCCUGAGUGUGAUGGGGGAGCCGUGCCCACAGACGCCGGAGGAGCGACGACCGCCGGCCGCUGCCAAAGUCCCAGACAUCGACGACGAGGAGAGGUUCCUGUACGGAGACGAAGGGACCGGUCCCACCCAGCCCUGCCCUCAAAACAUCCCGGUGAAACCAGCGGCCGACGGUCAGACUUCUGCACCGGCAACCCCACUUCAGCAGUUCAAGGCGCUGUUGGGAGAUCCAGGCAUGAGCCACAUUUUCAGGCAGGCCCAGUCGGCGCUGUCUCUGACCGUCCUGAACCAAGGGGCCCAGGAGAAGCACAGCGCCACACCGGAGGUGAAACCGGAGGCUCUGGCACCCAGACCCAGAGCUGGGAGCCUGGACAAACAGAACAGAGAGGGGACGCCGAGCAGUGCAGAGUUUGAGAGGGUCAAGAGCCUCCUGAAGAACAUGGGGUUGUCUCUGAGCACGGCAGAAAUCAACAAGAUUGCUGUCAAGUUGCGUGACACGCCCAAACUCAGGGACCCGAAAUCAACACCGUCGAAGUCCUCGCACGAGUCGUCACAUUCGUCAGUCAAAGGCUCGAAGACGGAGAACGUGGACAGCAGGGCUCGAAGAUCUAGCUCGAAGGACCGAGGGAAUUCCCACAGGGAUAGGGCUGGCGGUCACUGUGAGAAGGAAAGAGAAAGAGAUAGGAGUGACAAACUUGGCAGUGGAACGAAGAGGAAAGAAUACCUGGUGAAAGAACUAGAGAGCAUUUUGAAACAGGAAGGAUCAGGUUGCUUGGUUCCUGUGAUUGGCUUCUACUGCCAGCUAUGUGAGGAGUUCUUUGGUGACCUCGCCAGCGCCCAAGGGCAUGAAGGCUGCCACAAACGCUCCAGCGAGUCAGAAAAGGGACCCCUACCUAAGCUGUACAAUUACACAAUCAAAGGCUCUGGCCAUUUCUCACAGCACUCAACAGGCCCUGGCCACGAGGAGAAGAAACGGCCUGUGGAAGACCGCAAGGGAGCGCACAGAGAUGAGCAUGAACUGAGCCCGGGACACUGGUCCAAAAAGAGGGCCCGAGAGGAGAGUGAUCGCAGGGACGAGAAGGGUGCCGCUGGGCCCGCAGCCCCUGUCAGGGUGAAACUGGAACCAAAAGCCAGGGAGAGGACCCCCUCGGUAGAGGACAGAGAUAAAAAACAAAGUUCAGAUGACUCGGACGAUUCUACCAAAGGCGACAGCGGUAAGAAGAAGAAGAAAAAGAAGGAGAAGAAGAAAAAGAAAAAGAAGAAGGAAAAGAAACUAAAGGAAAAGGCGAGGGGGAAGUCUAAGGUGAAGUCCCCCUAGAUGUUACUCUAGAAGUGUUUUUAGUUUUUUUCCCCCUUUCGUUUCCAUUAAUUUGGGAUAUUCUACAGCAAGAAACGAUAUCCUAGUUUGGUGACUGCACUAGAAGCCAAGUGUUUUUGAUCAACCCAUAGCCUGGAGAUGGCAACAGCAGCCAAUAACAAUGACCUAAAACACCAGAAUCUCACCAGAUCAACAACAAGAAAUCUGGCAGUUAGAAAAAAAAGUAAUGGUGUAGUAGAAUUUUUUCUUGUAGGUUACCAGGAAAAUCCAUGGUCAGUGUAUUACAAUGUAAUCAUUGACAUUCUGUUGAGAAUAUGUUGGCAACGCUUCCAUUCUGAGGAAGUGUGACAAAUUUUGGAAUAUAUUUUGCAAAUAAACACACCAUGUGUUUACCACGUGCUAUAAUACUCUU